UUAGAUUUAAGAACACAACGCAAACGGCUCCAUUUUUCUUUACAACUGCCACCCAUUACCUGUCCAGUGUCCAGAGAGGCCACACCACAGCCUUUAUUUCCCUCAAUUCCUUAUUAUUAGCCUUUCCUUUGUUUCCUUCAUCUAUUGGCCCGACACAUUUCUUUCCUAUUUGUUAUUUUUGGAUAUUUCUUGGGCAUAUUUUUUUGAUCUGCGAAAAUCGAAUCGAAGAAAGCGGCGACGAGCGUCCGUUUUUAGAGUAACGGGAAGAGAUCAGUGGGCUGAAUAUCUGGGAGGUUUCCGUUUUUGCCACCGGCUUUGUACGCAUCGUACGGUGCUGGGCGGGCAUUUUGGUCAAUCUGAUUUUUUUGGAUCCCCUUUUAUUACUCGCUGAGGAGAAUUGCAAGGGCAGGUUGUUGUUAGAUUAGAGAGAGAAAGCAAACAUGUGGUGGAUGAUGGGCGAGACAGGAGGCCACUACUGUAACAAGAAAUCCGAUGAUAUUUGCGGCAAUGUUUGUGGCCAGCAGGAAUCAAGUCGAGUGUUGAGCAUGUCGAGGCUCCGCUGUGUUCUGCGUGGCUUGGAUGUGAAAACCUUAAUCUUUCUUUUCGCAUUUGUUCCGACAUGCAUCUUUUUCAUAUAUUUACAUGGGCAGAAGAUCUCAUACUUCCUGCGGCCGCUAUGGGAAUCGCCACCCAAACCUUUUCAUGUACGGCCACACUAUUAUCAUGAGAAUGUGUCGAUGGAGAACCAGUGCAAACUUCAUGGUUGGAAAAUGCGUGAGUUCCCAAGGCGUGUUUUUGAUGCAGUGUUGUACAGUAAUGAGAAGGAAAUCCUUGAAAUACGAUGGAAAGAAUUGUAUCCCUACGUGACACAAUUUGUUAUCCUUGAGUCAAAUUCAACAUUCACCGGAUUGCCGAAGCCCUUGUUCUUUGCUAGUCAUCGAAAGGAUUUCAAAUUUGUUGAGCCCCGAUUGACUUAUGGGACUAUUGGGGGGAGAUUUAAGAAAGGAGAAAACCCAUUUAUUGAGGAGGCAUAUCAGCGUGUAGCAUUGGACCUGCUUCUCAAAAGAGCAGGUAUUGAAGAUGAUGAUUUGUUGAUAAUGUCUGAUGUUGAUGAGAUCCCUAGCAGACACACGAUCAAUCUCUUGAGGUGGUGUGAUGACAUACCUCCAGUCCUUCAUCUUCAGCUGAAGAAUUAUCUAUAUUCUUUUGAGUUCCAUGUGGAUGAUAGCAGCUGGAGAGCUUCAGUCCACAGGUAUGAAACCGACAAGACAAGGUAUGCACAUUAUCGUCAGACAGAUGAACUCUUGGCUGAUGCUGGGUGGCAUUGUAGCUUUUGCUUCCGCCGAAUCAGUGAGUUUAUAUUUAAGAUGAAAGCAUACAGCCAUUAUGAUAGGGUUAGGUUCUCUCACUAUUUGAACCCUGGAAGAGUUCAGAGAGUAAUCUGCGAGGGGGCUGAUCUAUUUGAUAUGCUUCCAGAGGAGUACACAUUCAAAGAUAUCAUAGGGAAAAUGGGACCUGUUCCUCACUCCUUCUCAGCUGUUCAUCUUCCAUCAUAUCUUUUGGAGAAUGCAGACAAGUAUAGAUUUCUGUUGCCUGGGAAUUGCAGAAGAGAAAGUGACUGAUUUUCUUCAGUAAGUUAUGAUGUCUGUUCUUGUAAAGGUUAGUUGGACUAGCAGUUUCCAUGACUCGUCAUGGGGGUUCUAAUUGAACAAUCUUAACUGGCAUUGCUGAUACCAUUUGUCCGGCUGAACUAUAUUAUUCUUUGGGGGAUAUGUUUGGGAGACUGGACUAGUUCCUGGAUUCUUGGGGAGACAUUCUGUAUAUAUUUUUUUUUUCCUUCUGGAGUUGGGUUUCAUUUAUGGCGGAACAUACUCAUUCACUUAGUGAUCGAGCUGUGAUGGGAACAGCUAUGUUUUCACAGGGUGCUUCUGUUUACUUGGCAUUGAUAUGGGACGAUUCCCCAGAUAUACUCAAUAAAUAGUUUGAGGGCCUGUACUUUUCCCCCUUUGUUGGGAGUUUUGUUUAUGAGACAAACUUAUUCAUAGUGUUCUUUUAACUAUUUGAUUUGGCCUA